AUGAAGCAUUUUAGCCACCCCCAUGCCUUGGAACUCUCUGAAGUUCAACAAUCAAAUGAGACAGUCUGCUCAGGUUGUGAGAAUAAACUUUGUGGCACUUCUUACAAAUGCACAAAACCAAAUUGUGAAUUCAGCCUUCACAAAUCAUGCUUCGAAUUACCAAGAAAAAUACAACACAAUUCCCAUCUUAAGCAUCCUCUCACUUUGUACCCUACUUUACCCCAACGAGACUCGAUGUAUUUUGGUUGCAAUGCUUGUGGUGAAGAACCAAAAUGCUUUGUCUACGAAUGCCUCGAAUGCAACUUUAGUCUCCAUGCUAAAUGUGCUACAUCUUGGCCUGAAUAUGUGACUCGUGAGGAUCAUCAACACUCUCUUGUACUACAAUAUCAAUGGCCAUUUCCUAUUUAUGAUUACGUGAAUAUCUUUUGCGAGGUUUGUAAUGGACUUUGCAAUGAUGCCAAUUGGCUUUAUUAUUGUGCCCAGUGUAAAUUAGGCACACACCUGCAAUGCGCGACAGUUAAAAAGGAAGAUGGUUCGAGCUUUGAGAAUGAAGAGGUAGAGAUGACUAAUGAGCAGAAAUUGAUGAUGGCGACCAUAAAGGCACAAGGGCAACAGGCAAGGCUUAAUUUUCAAGCUCAAAUGGCCUAUAUGAACGCCCAAGCUAUAACCAAUAUGUGGCGAAGCCAUCAUCAUUAUGAUUAA